GCACGUCCCUUUAAAGAAGCCCUCGGUGUAGAAGGUCAGAGAUCUCAGCCAUGAAGAUGGAGAGAAACGUGCUCUACAUGCUCGUGGUGUUUCUGCUGAUGCCGGUGCCGAGCAGGAUGCAGGAGAUGGAACCUCAGGGAUCUUCUCAGGAUCUGUGCGGUGAGCUGAAGCAGCUCCGUGAGCUGGUGUAUCAGCAGGCAGCCACGUUAUCCGAGAUGAAGGUGAAGAUGGAGUACAUGGAGAAGGAGAAGGCAGCACAAGGAGAGGAGCUGAAGGCCGUGAAGAACGAACUGGAGAGCAUGAAGAAACUAAACGCUGAGCGUCCGAAGGUGGCGUUCAGCGCCGGAUUACCUGCAGGACAGAAUGGACCUUUUAACACCGAAACCACGCUGGUCUACAGUAAAGUCAUCAGCAACAUCGGAGGAGCUUAUAACCCAUACACAGGCGUGUUCACGGCUCCAGUCAGAGGCGUGUACUACAUCCGCUUCACGGCCGCCGCCUACAGCAGUAACAACCACAACAUGGGAGUUCACCUGUACAAGAACAGCCAGCAGGUCAUGCACCUGGGCGAGUACGACAAAGACGGAACUGCCAGACAUGUGUCCGGGGCUCUGGUGCUCGAGCUGGACGCCGGGGACGUGGUGUACCUCCGCCUCCUCACCAACUAUGCCCUCUACGACGAUACGCUGCUCCGCAACACCUUCAGCGGCUUCCUGAUUUUCCCUUCAUAACAAAAUCUCUCUCUCUGCGGCACGCCUGACACGACAUCCAGUGUUUACGCUUUACCCUCUGACACCGGAGACUCCUUCCAGAAACACUCUUCCCCUAACAGAAAACUUUAGAAACAGAAUUGUCCACAGCGACACGUGUUUUUCAAUUCUUUUUGCAUAGCAUUUUUCCCUCAGGUCUCAGUAGUUUAUUGUACGCCGUAAACACCAUGCAAUUUACUGCGUGUCGUAAUCUCUCUCCUGCGUACGGCACGUGGAAAUUUUAGUUGCCACGUCUGUUUGGAUGUAAACGUGUCACGUUGAUGUGUGGGUCUCGCACUGUUUAUGCAUAAAUAGAUGUAGACUCCUUGAUUAGGCGACUCUGUCGUCACAUUUCUCACAUCAUUUUCACGUUUUCCUCGACACAUAAAUAAUAUGGCUGUUAACGUGGCUCUCAGUCUGUCCUGAUUUAUUGGGAUUAAAAUGUUUAUUUAGCA